AUGAAGUUUAUGAAACUUGGAUCCAAACCGGAUUCGUUUCAGUCUGACGAAGAUUGCAUAAGGUAUGUAGCAUCGGAUUUAGCGACCGAUGUAGUUGUAAAUGUUGGAGAUGUAAAAUUCUAUCUUCACAAGUUUCCUCUUCUGUCCAAAAGCGCUCGUCUUCAGAAACUGAUAGCUGCAACAAUCGAUGAACAAGCAGAUGAUGAGAUACGCAUUCCUGAUAUCCCGGGAGGACCUCAAGCGUUUGAGAUAUGCGCCAAGUUCUGUUACGGAAUGACUGUGACUCUCAACGCAUACAAUGUCGUGGCUGUUCGCUGCGCUGCUGAGUAUCUGGAGAUGUAUGAAUCGAUCGAAAGCGGGAAUCUUGUUUACAAGAUCGAGGUUUUCUUGAACUCGAGCGUUUUGAGGAGCUGGAAAGACUCCAUCAUUGUUCUCCAGACGACAAGAUCGUUUUAUCCGUGGUCCGAAGAUGUUAAAAUCGAUGUGAGGUGUUUGGAAUCUAUCGCUUCGAAAGCUGCGAUGGAUCCGGCAAGAGUAGAUUGGUCUUAUACAUAUAACCGAAGGAAGCUUCUUCCACCUGAGAUUAACAACAACGGUGUGCCGAGAGAUUGGUGGGUCGAAGAUCUCGCCGAGCUUAGCAUUGAUUUAUACAAAAGAGUGAUUUCGACCGUCAGAAGAAAACCAUCUGUUUCGCUUGAGGUUGUAGGAGAAGCUCUCGAGGUAUAUGCAGGGAAGAGAAUCCCUGGUUUCAUGAUCCAAACCGAUGAUGAUUAUGAUGUGGAGGAAAGCAGAUCUUUGUUGGAGACGUUGGUUUCGUUGUUGCCUAGUGGGAAACAGAGUGUUUCUUGUGGGUUCUUGAUCAAGCUGUUGAAAUCAUCGGUUUCUUUGGAAUGUGGAGAAGAGGAGAGGAAAGAGUUAAGUAGAAGAAUAGGAGAGAAGCUUGAGGAAGCAAACGUGGCUGAUCUUUUGAUCAGAGCUUCACAAGGAUGUGAAACAGUGUAUGACAUUGACAUUGUUGAGACCUUGAUCGAUGAGUUUGUUGCACAGACACAGAAAAGAGACGACGAGGUUGAUUGUUCAGACACCAACGAUGGAAACGUGUUUGUUUCAGACAGCUCGAAAGCAAUUGUCGCCAAGCUAAUCGACGGAUACUUGGCUGAAAUCGCGAGGAUAGAACCCAACUUGUCUCCUUUGAAGUUCAUCAAAAUUGAAGAAAAGGUUUCGACUUUCCCAAGAACGUCACACGAUGGGAUUUAUCGUGCCAUUGAUAUGUUCUUAAAGCAACAUCCAGGAAUCACAAAGAGCGAGAAGAAAUCAAUAUGCCGAUUAAUGGAUUGCCGGAAAUUAUCGCCGGAGGCAUGUACUCACGCCGUGCAAAACGAGCGGUUACCUUUACGAGUCGUUGUGCAGAUCCUCUUCUUCGAGCAAGUCCGUGCCACGUGUCCCACCCCGAGACCUUCUCUUCCACCGAGUGGCUCUCACGGGAGCUCAAGGACGACGACGACGGAAGAAGAGUGUGACUCAGUCACGGCCACGGAGGAGACGACGACGACAACGACAACGACAACGACGAGGGACAAGACGAGUAGCUCUGAGAAGACGAAGGCUAAAGGAGUUGUGAUGUCUCGGCUCUUUUCCAAGCUUUGGACAGGUAAAGACAGAGACGGUGUCGGAGAUGUUAGUAGCUCAGAUACAUCUGAAAGUCCUGGCUCAGCCACCACCGUCGAUGAUAAAUCGACACCGUCGACUCGCCGGAGAAGAUCAUCGUCUUGA